CAUUACUUUAUAAAGAUUUAAAAUCAAACUCCUUUUAAUUAUUCCAUUCAAUUAGAGUGCCAAGAAAAACAUUAUUGCGUCACCUCCUCAUCUAUGAAAAUUGGCUAAGACGCCUGUCACAAACUCACCUGCGUAACAUAAUCAUGUCGAGCGGAUUUGUACGGAGCACCUACAAACUGUUCGUUGGUAACCUGCCAUGGACGAUUGGAAGCAAAGAGCUAAGGACGUACUUCUCCCGCUACGGGCACGUGGCUAACGCGGAGGUUGUCUUUGACCGACAACUUGGACUCUCAAAACACUACGGAUUCGUGGUCUUCAGUCAAAGGGACGCCUUCAACAGUGCAAGUAACCAAAACACACACUUCCUGGAAGGACGCGUUCUGACCGUUCAGAGAGCCAAUGAAAACCCGUAACAUUUAAUUAUGUAUAUCGCGGUUUAUGAUUUACUUCAUACCAAUACAAGGUCAGGGAAAGCAGGAGGGAAUGGAAGUGUAGCAUAUUAAAUGAUCUGAAACCA